AACCGCGUCCAUGUGCCCCUCGGCCUCUAUAAAAGGGGCCGAUGGCGUUGGGGAAGAAGCCGUGAGAGGUGGUGGUCGAGGCUUCCAUAGGAUCCAGCGGGAGAGAGAACGGCGGUGGAGCGGCUUAUUUCUGUUUCGCUCGCAGGUCUAAGUAAAAUGGAGAACACAUUCCUUUUCACCUCUGAGUCUGUCAAUGAAGGGCACCCCGACAAGCUCUGCGACCAGAUCUCUGAUGCCGUGCUUGAUGCCUGCCUCGCCCAGGACCCUGACAGCAAGGUUGCAUGUGAGACCUGCACCAAGACCAACAUGGUCAUGGUCUUUGGGGAGAUUACUACCAAGGCCAAUGUAGACUAUGAAAAGAUUGUUCGUGACACCUGCCGUGCCAUUGGAUUCACAUCGGAUGAUGUUGGUCUUGAUGCUGAUCGCUGCAAGGUGCUUGUCAACAUUGAGCAGCAGUCCCCUGACAUUGCCCAGGGUGUUCACGGCCACUUCACCAGGCGCCCCGAGGAGAUUGGUGCUGGUGACCAGGGACACAUGUUUGGGUAUGCAACCGAUGAGACCCCUGAGUUCAUGCCUCUCAGCCAUGUUCUUGCCACUAAGAUUGGUGCCCGCCUCACCGAGGUGAGGAAGAAUAGAACCUGCCCCUGGUUGAGGCCUGACGGCAAGACCCAAGUGACUGUUGAAUACCGCAAUGACAAUGGUGCUAUGGUUCCUGUCCGUGUCCACACUGUACUCGUCUCGACCCAGCAUGAUGAGACUGUUACCAAUGAUGAGAUUGCUGCCGACCUCAAGGAGCAUGUCAUCAAGCCUGUCGUCCCUGAGCAGUACCUUGAUGAGAAGACCAUCUUCCACCUUAACCCAUCUGGCCGUUUCGUCAUUGGCGGACCUCAUGGUGACGCUGGGCUCACUGGUCGCAAGAUCAUCAUUGACACCUAUGGUGGCUGGGGAGCCCAUGGUGGUGGUGCCUUCUCCGGCAAGGACCCCACCAAGGUCGACCGCAGUGGUGCCUACAUUGUGAGGCAGGCGGCGAAGAGCAUCGUGGCCAAUGAGCUUGCGCGCCGGGCCCUUGUUCAGGUCUCCUAUGCCAUUGGUGUGCCAGAGCCUCUUUCUGUGUUUGUUGAAACCUAUGGCACUGGAAGGAUCCCUGACAAGGAGAUCCUGAAGAUUGUCAAGGAGAACUUUGACUUCAGGCCUGGGAUGAUCACCAUUAACCUUGACUUGAAGAGGGGCGGCAAUGGCAGAUUCCUCAAGACGGCAGCUUAUGGACACUUUGGCAGGGAUGACCCAGACUUCACCUGGGAGGUGGUCAAGCCCCUCAAAUGGGAGAAACCAGCUGCCUAGACCAAACAAUCAUAAUCUUAUCCAACUAGUGACAAUAACUGCAAAGAAUGGCUAUUUCAGUAGUGAUACAACUACAAAGAUUGGCUGCUGCAGCUCUCCUGCUGGCUCUACCUGCCUUUUAUUUUUAUUCCUCCUCUUUUAUUGUGUUGCACUUUUUUCUUCUUCAUGUUUUGUUCUUUAAAUAUAUUUGGUACUGGUCUUAAGUUGUGUUGAAGAAAAGGUGGAUUUGUGUGGUCUGAAC